CAAGCACUGAGCUAGUUCAUGCUAAAAGUGCAGCAGGAGAGAUGACGAUGAGGUUUGUGUUAGCAGCUCUGUUUAUGGGAUGGUUGUGCGUCGAUGCGGUUGUAGCCAUAGGAGUCAUUGGAAGAGCUACAUCUUACAACCCUCCUUACAUCCCUACAAAAUGCCCGGGAUACAGCAGCGAACAGUUUCCAGAGGAUGGUUUAAUUGCCGCGGUAAGCCAAGCGCUGUGGGACAAUGGUGCGGCAUGUGGUAGGAAGUACCAAAUCCAGUGCUUGAGCGGCCCCAGGUACUCGUGCAAAAACGACGCUACAGAAGUAGAGAUUGUCGAUUUGUGUGAUCCAUGCCCGGCAAUGAUGGUCUUAUCUACCAUAGCCUUUGAGAAAAUUUCGAGGACCCGCAACACCACAGUCGGCAUCAAUUUUGCUCAGAUCUGAUGUACUGCGAGCUCCUUGAUGUGUUGCCAACAACAGUUCUAUCAGAUGCCUUCACCGAAUCUAUUUUAUUGUAUCUUCUGUUGAUGCAAGAAUCUGGACCGCCCUCUUCUGACCGCCUGCAUAGGA